GAGUGGUCGAGCCAGACUUAUGUAAGGUCGAGCCCGGCGGUCCCGACCAGCGCGUCGCGUCAACCCUCCGUCUCGCCUCCAUGUUCGCGGUCGCUCUCGCUCGACGCGUAGGCGCAAGCCGGGCCCCUCGUCUGCUACGAAGCUACGCGGCCGCUCCCCCAACAGGGCUCUCCGAAGGAGAGAAUACGAUCUACCAAAAGCUGACGGAGAAGUUCUCCCCUGCGGAGUUGCAGGUGCAGGAUGUGUCAGGUGGCUGUGGCACGUUCUACCAGAUCAUCAUAGCGAGUGAGGCAUUCAACGGAGUGCCGACGGUGAAGCAACAUCGCAUGGUCAACGAGGUGCUCAAGCAAGAAAUAGAGGGCAUCCAUGGACUACAAUUGAAAACAAGUCCGGCAUAGGUGUACCUCUUCAGCAUGUAGGAAUGCAUAACAGCACAUGAGGCCGGUCGGCGGCAGCCUGAUGUUCGUCAUCUUAGCGUAUGUCUUCGGGAGCGCCAUUACAUUACCACCGCAUACAGGUCAACCCUGCAAGACUC